UUGUAUUUCUGUGCAAACAACAACAACAGCAGCCAAACCAGCUCUCGGCCGGUCGCCUGCAGCAACUCGUCGGAGCCGAGAUCCUUCGCGAGGUUACGUCAGCGGUCGAGUUAAGCUUUCGACGCUCAGGGGCCGCGUUGCCUUUGUCUCUGCUCCGAGCGGGUUUGUUUACCCUUCGCCAACCACCGCCCGAGUAUGGACCACACCCCGGCCGCGGCCGCGCGUCGCCAGAUCGCGGAGCUUGUUGGACGUUUGGCUGGGAUAUCGCAGACCUCGCAUCCUCGCGCGUUCAAGCGUGUACGCGACCGCGCCAUCGCCACCGCAGAGACAAAGUACCGCUCGCCAGACAAAGACGCGGUACGCGAACGUGCGUAUGGACUUGUUGAAAAAUACAGCGUCGUGGCUCGCGACGAUCUCAGCGACGCGCUCAAAGAGAGACUUGAUCUGCUCUUCACCGUCGAUUCGGAGAACACCAUUUCCACACUAGCAGUCAUCCUCGAUCUCGCGCAGGCCACUGCAUUGCAGAAGCCGCUUCCAGACGCCAUUGUCAACCCACCGCCCAAGGCUGCAGAUAUCGCGCCCGAAAUAGCAUGGCGCGAGAUCUUGCGCAAUGAGCCGCUUGAAGGUGACCACUGGAAUACGCCUACCUAUGAAGACGAUUCCGAGGAGGACUUUUCCGAUGCUGAGGCGGAGCAGACGAACGCAAGCCCCUCACCUGAGCAGUCUGCUGCUGUACCGCAGCACGAGGACGAGAGCGACUACGAGUCCAUUGAUUUCCGACUUCGAUGAUCCAAUCCAGUCUAUUCAACUACAUUCUACUUUUGCAGCACAUAGCCAAAAUAGUCAAACGACCCGCUCGAAUCCGACAGCGUCUCCGUCUCCAUCUUCCAGUACGGCCGAUCUAUUAUUAGCCGCGCGAAAUGCGGUUGCCGGUACGAGAUGUAAAGCAUCCGGCCGGUUGGUUUUAGGACUCGGUUCGUCUGUUGAGGUUGUUAGCAGUGCUUGAUCGAUAUCAAGAUGAGAAGAUGCUCUAGGACUAGCUCACCUCGUCCAUGUACUUCAAUGCCGACUCUUUGAUGUCUUCAGGGAUAGUCCAGAUCGAUCCGGUAUAGCUCAGGAAUGCAUCGAGUGUUCCCUAAACCCGCAGAUUACCAAAUUAGCAAAUAGCAACAUAAUAUCUCCACAAUACACCUUACC